AUCCCGCUAUGGGAGCUUCAGGGAGGAGAGCGUGUGCUUCAGCUGUUAUGGGGAGAGUAUCGCUUACAGCAAGUCAAAAGGUGUACGUGGCCAUAGCGAUGGGGUGAGCUUAUGGGACAUGUCCAGCUUACUGUAUGACUCACGGGAAAGUGGGGGCCAUUGUGGGAGCUGCACCCCACCUCCUCGGGUGCCACCUUUUGCUCCACAGCCACUCCUUGGGCCACCGGCCAAUGGGCACACAGCAGUCACUUCGAGCUCCAGUUCAGCAGUCACUUGCAAUGCACAUGAAGUGUGUCAUUACUUUCAACAGGUGCUUUACGUCUCUGCCAUCUUGACAGGGAUCGCUCUGGUCAUAGCAGGUGCCAUUCAGUCAGGAGCAUCCUCCUCUGUUCACCCAGACGAAGCCACCCCUGGCUCUGACCUCCUAGUGUUUGUCUACAUUGGAGCUUUGCUUAUUGGUGUAAAUGUGUCAUUACUGAUGCUGCAGUGCUACAUGCGUAGCAAGGAACUCAAGCGAGCCAGGCGAAACACACAACGAGCACGCCCUGUCCGAUACAACCCACUUGUGGCGCCACCACCUGCGCCCUUCAGACAAGCAUCGCAGGCUGAAGUGAGCUCAUUUCUUCCAUCUGACUCCCGACUGUGGCUGGGCCCAGCACCAUCAGUUCAGAGUGCAGCUACAGCACCUGCUUAUCCAGGGACACAGUGGCCGCUUAUUGCAGGUGCUGGACCCGCAUCACGUUAAGGAGGAUUCUGCGUGCGUCACCAACUUCAGAUGUCAAACUGUGCUGAGCAGAGCAAUUGGUUCAGGCUGUACCUUGGUCGCCUUUCGGGACACAUCUUCUGAAGCAAAGCUGUGCUCAGUGUGUGGUACUCUGUGCUGUGGACAGUAGACCACAAUCUAUCCUGCCAUGUUAUAUUCAUGAUGUGCGUUUUUAUGUAACGUAGAACAUCUGUCAUCUUCAUGCAAUAUUCUCUAAUGAAAGGGGCAAUAAUGUGGGAUGCCAUUUUAUCAGCAUUCUUUUGCUCGGGGUACAAUGUGUCGCAGUCUUUGGCUUGUUGUAACUGAGGGCAUAGCUUAAAUGGCAGAAACACGAGGCAAAAUCUAUCAUUGUCAUGCUUGCUCACUGUCUGUUAAUUUACCAUUUACCAUUGCUACAUCAUCAGUGUUAAGUUUGUCCAUUUUUAUUGUACCUGAGUUCAUUGACUUGUGUCAACUCAUAUUGUAAGAAAGAAGGCCGGCUUUUGUCAUUCUAUGUUGUGUAUCAAGCAGCAGUGAAAUCUCAUUGACCGUUUUUUCAUGUGGACUUGUAAAGCUCCCUGUGCAUGAUAUGUAUAUAAUUUAUUCUCGUAGUAACAUUGCAGGGUGUAAUUCUAUAGUGCAUUUUCAUAUUCAACCCGGGUAACCCUCAGGCUGGGUAAAAUGAUGUAUGAGCCUCGUCUAUGAUGUAACCAGAGAGUAGCUACCCUCAACAGGAAUUUUUGCCCAGUGAGAGUGACUCCUAACCGGUUUUCAACGUGGCCGCUGCAGCGGACGGCCAGUGUUUUGCUAAUAUCGUAAUGCGUAUAAACGCUUGUAUUGUCAGUUUCAGUCUGUGGCAUGAUGUAAUGAUGGUGACAUGAUAUAACAAUGACCUGCGUGACAUACUGCGUCUUAAUGAAUGCAGUGCAGCAGUAUUCACAAACAAUUUGAACUAAUUCGCGCGUGUGUUUCCGAGAAUAUCCGUGAAAUAAACGCAUUCUGGCAUGCAAUGAUUUCACAGAGCACAAGAACGUUUGAGUAAGGUUAGUAUGCAGCAAAAGUGCACUAAAUCAAAAUUUCGGGAUUCUGUUACACGUGGUUUUCAAAUAUUCUCUCACGAUCACAGAAUAGCCACAGACAUCUCCUUUGACUGAAGUAUACGUGCUCUUGCCUACCCACCUGUCGAGCUGGGUCACUGAGAGUACUGUAGUUACUCGCGUAUAAGAUGCACAGUUUUUACCCCCAAACAUCGCGACAUUGAGGGGGUGCGUUCAAUACGCGGGGGAAAAUUGCAACCCAACACCUAAGGUACACUUACCUCCCAUUCUAUUCCGAGAUAUCCACAAUGACCUCCCCAGAAUCGAACUUCGUGAUUCUCCCACAUCGAAUGGUCUUUAGAGCCUGAAGUUUUAUGGUUUAACCCGAUUUUCUCCCGAAUUUGCACCCAGAAUUGAAGGUUGCCUCUUUAGGGCGAAACCCGAUUUUUACCCGGCAAAUUGCCCUCACUGAGACUGAGGUGUAGGAAUGUACACUAACUUGUUUGGCAGCAAAUGCAGUCACAUCGCCGUUUGUACCAAUCCAGUACAGUUAGUUCGAGUAACUGAGCCCGAUAUCUCCCUGAAUUUAGCAUACUGGCAGUUUUUCACCCGAAUUCGCAUGAAUUUAGAGCACAUGUUUAUUUAACCGAUUUUUAGCCCCCGAAUUUAGAAAAAAAUAUUUCCUAAAAACUUCAGGCUCUAAUGGUCUUCCAUUCUAUCAACCAUGGACGAAAUACUCCUCGAUGUCUGUCGCAUUUGUCGUUGAUCCGCGGGCGCUCUGCCUCAUUGACUGCACAAUACGAGCGACCGCAAUACGAUCCAGCCGUGCUACUAAAGUUUGGGUGCGUUUAAUGUGCGGGGAACAAAAAAGUACCAGCAUUUCAGCACUCAAGUUGGGGUGCAUUCAAUACACGAGUGCAUCCAAUAUGCGAGUAAAUACGAUAGGUGCCGCCACAACCUGUUGGUGACUAGAGCUGAAUUUCGGACAGCGGGUUACGAUGUCGUUUCUGCUAUGUUAGAUUUUUUUACCAGGGUGGUCGCCCUGAGCUACCCUUGUGGAUUAAGAAAAUGCACCCCUCUGUCGUUUUUCUUUCCAGUAUGCCAUGUCCAAAUCUGACCAUAUUUUGCAUAAAGUGGCACUCCACUUGUUUCUCAUUGUCAUGCACAUACUUGGAUUUUUCUUACAUGAAAAGUGCUUGGUAUCAAUAGACGUAAAAAAAAGCUUUUGGGGGAUAUACCCACCAGACGGUUUUUGUAUGGCCUUUACAUUUCGGGUAUUUGCAGUUGUGUGCGUGAACUGCGCAUACAACCAUGCUUUCUGCUAUGCUGUUCAACUGACGUCGCCAGAUUGGCAGAAACGGAAAAUGUGUGGUGUCGCGGUUCAGUCUCAAUUUUUUAAAAAAAUGUAGAAUUUGUCUUUCGCGUCGUUUAUGGUGGCUGUCACUCAAGAAAUUUCAUGUAACCUUUUUUUCCAUUAUGGUUUGGUGUAGGAUUAAAUUGCUUUAAAUAAUUCAUUAUUAACUUAAUUAGUAAAGUAAAGUAAAAAUGGCCAAAGUAAAUUCUGUGCCCAGCACAUCGCAGGACUCUUCCACUGGGAGAGCCCUGUAAAUUUUGUUAUUCCCUAUUCUGCAUAGUAGUACUGCCUUGGUAAAUUCACUAGCCAUUCUAAAAGCAAGUAUCGCAGUAGACAUAAUUUUGGAGAGAACAACUACUGCAGGAAUAGUACCAGCGAAGUCCCACUUUAACUUUGUAAGGUACUGAAACCGUGUCCUACACUAGACAAGAAAUAUCUUCCCAAAAGUAUGGUUAAAAAGUAAGCGAGCUGAUGGCAUAGAUCCACACUGAAAAGACCUGGGCUAGGGAGGACAAGAAAAGUGCACACGAACAAGUUCUCAAGCACAGCUGAGAAGUUCAUUCUAUGGGUGACAUUCUAGCCCACUUGAAUUUUCCAUUCUGAUUAAAUAUGUCAUCUGUAAACUACACUUCUCAGCUGAGUUUCGAAACUUGUGGAUUUUUCUUGUCCCUAGUCUGUAUUUUUCUUUUUUUUUCCCCCGACAGGUAUCAUCUCGAAUGAUACGUCAUUAUUACUUCCUUGCUCAUAUGAUCUUUCUAUAGAAACAUUUUUGCAUGGUAAGGACUGGUAUGUUGACCAUGGAAGUGUGCAUGGGACUUGUGGCUACUAAACAAUGACACUUACAAAAUGAGGAAAUGAUUGUUCAUUGUGACGUAGAUAAUGGACGUGGCCAAGGCUGGCCACGCUUUCACAAAAGGAGGACGAUUCCCAGAGAAUGUCAGUAGGGGUGUAAAAAUUUCCUGGCAUGGAUGAAUCAUUAGGAUUUCGCUGAACUGAGUGCAACAACCUCUCGACUGUUGCCUGUGUGACCAUAUUGCUCAAGCCAAACAUAAAUUUAUACUGUACUUAGAGCAACGAGGACAGGAACAUGCAUGCAAGUAGUAUUCUGAUGAGUGUGCAGCAUAAAUUAUAGUCCUAAUUGGAAAAAUGUGGGAAUGGGAAAUGCACAAGAGCACAUAGUUAGACAAGACUACUUCCAGCAGUAUUGUUAGGUUAGUAUAAAUGAAAUGUCAAACAUGCAUUGUAUUCUUAAAUGAUUUGUUUGCGUGUUAGAGUUAUAUGAUCUUGGUGUAGUCCGACAUCAUUAUUCUGAAAGGACAAUUUAGCCCUUGUACGUAGCAUGCAGUCCAUGCAUGGAGUCACCAAUGAGUUCCCCACAUUUUGUUUUUCACCCCAUUUCCCAGCGUGUAACUUUUUUCCCCUGUCAUUGUCAUUCUUGUUGUGCAUAUGUGUGACCCUGUGAAUGUCAUUAAGGGUUCCUACUGGAGCACACUUGAGCUCAUUUGAACUAUUUAUUCAAUAAAGAUUUUUAUAUUGUGCUCUA